AUGGCGAGUGGUUCCGGUAAUAUCCCAGACGAUCUGUUAGAGAACAUCAGAAACCGCCUCAACACCAAAACCGACGUUUCUAGAUUCCGCGCAGUCUGUAAGUUGUGGCGGUCCUCUAUUCCUUCCUUCGAGAAGAACCUGCUCCAAUUGCCCUCGGAAGUGAACAUUGCAGACCCAGACAGCGGCUAUGAUAUUUGCGGAUAUAGCUUUACCCUCGUCGAGAGUGUAGUCUAUCAUCUCGCACCUCCCAACGAUGAUGAUCCCCAGAAAAGAGGUUGGUUGAUUAAUGUCAAACAAGUAGGUCUUGAUCAAAAGGGUGAACAACACACUCAUCACGUGUUGCAUCCGCUCUCCCGCUUAUUUCGAGGGCAGCCCAAGUCCUUCCCCAACGUAUUCAACUUUAUGGAAUCUCGGGUAUUUGAAGUGGCAAUAAUGUAUAGUCUAGUAGAAUAUGGUGGGGAGAUGCGUGGUGAUUUUAAGGUGGCUGCAUCCUUGAAUCUUGAUUUCCCUGCUUUCAUGGCAAUUGAUCUAUUCGGAACGUUGUACUACGGAGAGCUAGGUGCUGACGUUGUAGAUUGCACCAACUUCCUUCUGAAGUUGGAUGACGAAUACCGCGAUUUUCAAGACGUUAUUUUCUUCAAAGGAAGGUUUUGUGCCGUGUGUCGUGACGGGAGAGCAGUGGCGGUUGAUUCUUGUCUGAAUAUGGAAAUGAUUGCAUCUCCAUUACCGAAUAUCGCUUGCCUUGACCACGAGAAGAAGAAGAAGUUGGUGGAGUCGUUGGGAGAGCUGCUUUUAGUUGAUAUGUAUUUGAAGGGAAAUCCGUCAGACUAUACAUUCGAGAUUUUUUACGCUCAAGCUCACGAGAAGCAAUGGGUUAAGCUAGAGGCGCAAGCUCUGGAUGAUCGAAUAUUGGUGCUAGGGGAUGACGGCUGCUUCUCUCUUUCGAUGAAAGAUUUCCCUGGAGUGGAAGGGAGAUGUAUUUAUUUCCACGAGCCUCAUCAUAGCAAGAGUUACGAGUUCCAUCGGUUAAGAAGCAUAUUAAGCGAUAUUGCAGUGUACAGCUUGGAUUCUGGCCGUGUCUCGCGGUUAGCAGAUUUUCCGAGUUCGAACAUCAUCUUUUGCCCACCCCCAACCUGGACGUGGCCUAAUAUGCCAGAGUUGUCUUGCAGACGUGAUCAAGGGGAAGACUCCGGAUCAAGGGCGAGGAAGAGGAGGAAGAUCAAGGCCGUCGUGAGAUGCCGUAAUGGGCGUUGAAUAAGUUCUCGAUCGGUGGUGUUUCUCUUUUACAUACCAUGUAUUCUGUUCUAGCUCGAUGACUUCUUAUGAUUCUCUGUUUGAACUUUGUAGUAGUUUUUGUAACUUAUACAUCUCAUUGUCUUGUGUGUUUCUGUUUUCCGUUUCCAAGUUGGUGUUUAUGAUGAUCGAUUACCGAAAAAUAUGAAGAAAAACGAACUCGAAAUUGA